AUGUGGCCGAACGCUAUGAGAUUCGCCCACCCGAAGAGCUCGUUGCCCACAGACUGGAUCGAACACGAGGGCUUCUCCGUCCUCGACAGUGUGCUGGAAUCCCUCCGAUAUGUGGUGGUGAACCAGGUUCCUGCCCCCCGAGUUUUCGAAGUCGCAGUGGACAAUGCGGCUUCGGGGAAAUUGCCGGAGAUGGAUCGCAAAGUUAUAGCCGGCCUUCUGAAGAAAGGCUGUGCAAAAGUACGCCGGCUGCGAGCAAAGACAGAGAUGGAUGGUUGGCUGCAGAAGAAAAAGAAGCCUAAGACGGGCCGCAAUAAGGUUGGCGAAGAGAUCGAUGCUAUGCUUGACGAGAUUGAUAAUGAAGCUCCGCCUGACUGGGAUGAGAUUGAAGAGAACAAAAAGCUGGAGGAGCAGUUUGGUGACUUGAGCCGUUUUACGGCUGAGGAGGUUGAGGACCUGAUGGGAUGCUUGAGUUCUCCAGAGAUGAUUGAUGAGCCGCAGUCUAGCGAUCCUGCAGAUCGUGAGCCCGAGGCGGGCGAUGGAGAUCGUGAGCCCAAGGCGGGCGAUGGAGAUCGUGGGCCCAAUGCGGGCGCUGCCCAGCAGAAGUACGCAGAGGCUCAUUUGAAGAUCUUUGGGUCCGAUGCCAUCACGUUGGAUGAUAGUUCCAGUGAAACCGAUCUGGCUACGAUGGAAGCUUUAGUGGAGCAGAGAAAUUUUGUGCAUCCAGAUGCCGUUGCCGCCGAAAAGGAGGAGCAAGGAUUGGAUACUUCCAAGGGCAAUGCCAAGAAAAGGGCCAGCGGGGACACGAUUCCGGCUGAUGAGGAGGAUAAGAAGAAGAAAAAAGGAAAAAAGGCUCCGGAGGAGCCCAACAAGACUUUCGCCGGUCGCCCGCCGCCGACAACCACGCCGUUUCUCUGGAGAUUCAAGUUUGCUGCUGAAGCUUUCCAGGAGCAUUUGUCCGGAAAAGUCGCGAUGGCGAAAGACAAAGCCGAGCGAAAGUUCCUGGCAUAUGUGUCCGAGCAGGGCCUCAGCACGAUGACUGAUCAGACAGAAAUUGAAAUCUUCUGUCACGAUAUGGCAGUGGCAUUUCUGCUGCACGAGGUGCCCCGCAAUGGCUCUGGCUUCGAGCUGAUGCUCAUCGACAAAGGAGGCAGCCUGCAGUGCUUUAUCGAAGCCGAGGGAGAGGUCACCUUCGACCGGGUUCAUACGCCGGGUGUGGUCGAUGAUUUCGAGUUAAGGCGGCCACCCGACGGCGACACGGCCCGCCAAGCACAGGCUGAGCUUCGAGCUGCAAAGGUGGAGCUAAUGGAGGCUACUGCAGAGGACUCGCAAGCCACACAGCCCUGGGAUGGAAUACCGGCACCCGCUGCCAACGACUUCGACGAUGACGACUUGGAAAAGGAGUUGGAAAGGCUUAUGAGCGAAGAGGACGCCGCAGCUUCCGCCCAGGCUUCUGAGCCUGAAAGCAAUAGCAAGAUGCAGGCACUUGAACAAGAACAGGCUACGCUGAAACAACUAUACGAAGAAGCUGUGGCCCGCAUUGCUAAGCAGAAGCUAGAGGCCACUACGCAUGGCACAGCAGCAGCAGAAGAAGAAGCCGAGAAGAAAAGAAAAGCAGCAGCAGCAGCACAGGAAGCCGAGGAGAAAAGACAAGAAGCAGCAGCAGCAGCAGCAGCAGCAGCAGAAGCCGAGAAGAAAAGACAAGAAGCAGCAGCAGCAGAAGCCGAGAAGAAAAGACAAGAAGCAACAGAAGCAGAAGCCGAGAGGAAAAGACAGGCAGCAGCAGACGAAGCCGAAAAGAAAAGGCAGGAAGCAGCAGCAGCAGAAGCCGAAAAGAAAAGACAGGAAGCAGCAGCAGCAGAAGCCGAGAGGAAAAGGCUCGAAGCAGCACUAGCCGCAGAGAUAGAAGCAGCUGAUGCCCAGAAGAAACGCCGAGAGGAAGCACUUGCAGCAGAAGCAGCUAAGAAAGCACAAGAGGCAGCAGCAGCAGAAGCAGCAGACACCGAAAAGAAACGGCAAGCAGCUGUUGAGGAUGAAAUCCGAAGAAUGAGGCAACGGCUCCAGGAGCUGACGGGGGAGACGCCACCGACAAUCGGCACGAGCAACUUCAAACGUGCACACAGCCCCACACGAGCAGCACCGAGCCGGAGCUUGGAUCUAUCGCCACUUUCGAAACAACUCAAACAGGAACACGAGGAGGAGGAAAGGCUCAAAAGGGAGGUUGCAAAUGCUACGAAGAAGGCGAAGUUGGAUGAAAUCCAAAGGAAGAAUGAGGCCAUGCGACAAAAGCUCUUGGCCUUGGGCAGCAGUGCUUCGACAAACUCCCCGCCCGCAGCAACUCCGAACCCCAGUGCUUCGCCGGCCCCGGCCGCAACAAAUGCGAACCCCGCUCCUUCGCCGACCCCGGCCGCAACACCUGCUUCGCCGAUCCCACCCCCGCCUCAGGGCCCACCCCCACCUCAGGGCACUGCGACCCCUCCGACAACGAUCCCAGCAGCUGCUCCUCCCGAGACUUCGACGAGUGAACCGACUGCUGCUGAUGAAGCGAACACAGUGGCACGAAAAGAAGCGGCCGCAGCGAUCCAGACGGAUAUGAUCAAGGAGUACAUGGCGAGUGGACAGGACGUGAACAAGGUCACGGUGGGGAUCAUUUUGAAGGAUAUGAUGGUUGAGCAAGAAAAAAAGACAAAGCAGUCUUUGACGAGAGAACAGGUGUUCACGCACUACGCCCCCAACGAACAGAAAGCGAAGGAUGCCAUUGACUUUGCUGUCCAGCAAGGCUGCCGGGACGAUCCGAACUUCCCUGCUGGUUCGGGGAACCUGCUGUACAAUAUCUUCACAGAGUUUUCCGAGACUGAGCUCUUCGAAAAACGUCGCGAGAUCGAGGCAAGCAUCAAACCACUUGCCUCCGACAACAGACCGGAAGCCAAAAAGCUGUUCUCAGAACUGCGACUUAGUGGCAAUUCGUUGGCUUCGCUUCGUUCUGGUUCUCUUUCUUCGAAAAACCCUUAA